UCUUUUUAGAGCCACAAGCCUAAAAAGGAAGGGGGAAGAGACUUGGAAACAGCAACUCUUUACUCUUCAGAGUUACCUUCUUUCCAUUUUCAAUCUCUCUCUCUCUCUCUAUCUGUUCCAAAGUUGAAUAGUUGAAUACAUUAUCUAUUCUCCUUGCCCCUUCCAAUAAUUUUCACAAUAAAAACCCAGUCCUUAUAAUUCUCCCUGUUGCUGCUUUAUGUUCUGUUUGUUCCUUGGAAGACAAAAGCUUUACUCUUAUCUUUCUCUUUCAAGACUAUUCAUCAAACUGUUACCAGGAAUCUAAUGAAUUCUUCUUCUUCUGCUGCUGCUGCUGUUGCUGCUGCUUCUGCUUCUGCUUCUGCUUCUUGUCCUUCUCUAUUCUCUGCAAUUUUUUGUUUAACUGCUUCUUCACCAUUUUAGAUUUCCAAUUUUUGCUUUCUCUAUACUUCAACCUGCAGCGGUUUUCUUUCCCUCCUCUUUUUCAAGAUUCUUCUGCAAUUUGAAAGCCUGGUGGUUAUCAAAAGACUUUAUUUUUGCCUCUUGUCUGCUUGAUUUCUGGGUUCUCUCAGGUGGAUCACUUGGACAAUAAUUUUGGUUGCACGGACAGAAAGAGAGAAAAUUACUUACAGAACAAGGAUGUUCUAUGGGCUGUAAUCUUCAGACUCCUUGGAGAUUAGCUGAAUUGGAAAACCAAAACAUUACUUACAUUGCUCGAACUACUGUGUCUAGUUGCUUAGAAGUGCAUAAGGUUACAGGGCAUUGCUCAGUAGACUUGAAACUAGGAAAUUCAGGUGAUUUGGAGGACAAGUUGGUGGAGAAAUUUGCAGGUCCAGCGGAGUUUUUAAUGGAGUCAUCAUCGUCUGGAUCAUCUAAAAGAGUUCGAACACCUUCCAAUGGAAACCAAGUCCCUUCGUGCUUGGUUGAUGGAUGCACUUCAGAUCUUAGCAAAUGCAGGGACUAUCAUCGACGACAUAAAGUAUGUGAGCUCCAUUCCAAGACCCCUAAGGUUUUUAUUAAAGGUCAGGAGCAGCGGUUUUGUCAGCAGUGUAGCAGGUUCCAUUCAUUGGUGGAGUUUGAUGAGGGAAAGCGAAGCUGCAGGAAACGUCUUGACGGACAUAACCGGCGUCGAAGGAAGCCUCAACCUGAUUCACUGUCUGUAACUUCCUCAAGGUUGUUUUCCAAUCACCAAGGUACUAGAUAUUUGCAGUUCGGUGGCUCCCAAAUGUUUUCAACUAGUCCUGAGAGCUCAGCAUGGAACGGGGCAAUAAAACCUGAGAAUGAUCCAAUGCUUUACACGAGCCAAUCGUCUCUAAACUUCGGCAGCAGAAAAAACUUUUUUCCUGGCUCCUUAUCUCAUGGCUAUAGAAGUGGAAAGCAGUUCCCGUUCUUACAAUGCACUAGCUCUGCACUCCCUGGAGAAUCUAUUUGUCAAACUAUUCUCCAUGCUGGUUCCACCUUAGGCAGUAGCUGCAGCAGCCAGAAAAUGUUAUCUGAUGGGCCAAAUCGAGUAAUUGACUCGAACCGUGCUCUCUCUCUUCUGUCAUCUCCAUCAGCUGAGAAUUGCGAAAUUCGCUUAAGCCACAUGGUGCAGCCUGAGUCUGACUUGAACCCUCCUGCCCAUUCCUUGAUCUCAAGCCUCAACUUUAGCUGUCUUGGAAUGGAAAAUGGAUCUGUUGAUUCUGUUUUGGUCUCUGAUGGCAGUAGCAAUGCCAAUCUCCACGGUCAGAGUAUGUUUCAGAUUGGACCUGAUGGAUCAUCCUCGAGCGGAUCUCUUCAGACACUUUCCUUCUCUUGGGAGUAAUAUGAAUGCCAUUUUCAAUGGAUUUAAUGCUUUAAAUGUGAAAAAUAAAAGGAUUUAAUUUCCUAAACUAUUAAAAUUACUGUGAGAUUGUUAUGAUCCUUGUGAGAUUUUGGGAUGGAUCCCUACUCGACAACUGUGACUGUAUGCAUGUGUUUUCUCCUUUUUUUUCUUGCGUUAAAA